CCCCGCGCUGAGCGCAGCCAGGACGCCGCCGCCGCCGCCGAGCAGCAGGAGGAAGAGGAGGAGGAGGAAGGUGCUCGCUCGCUCGCUCCCGCCGCCGCCGCUCCGGUAUGAGCGCGGCUUUCCAGCCCUCGCUGAUGAUGAUGCAGCGCCCGCUGGGAAGCAGCACGGCCUUCAGCAUCGACUCGCUGAUCGGCAGCCCCCCGCCGCCCGCCCCCGGGCACUUCGUGUACACCGGGUACCCCAUGUUCAUGCCGUACCGGCCCGUGGUGCUGCCGCCGCCGCCGCCGCCGCCGCCCGCGCUGCCGCCCGCGCUGCCCCCCGCGCACCCGCACCAUCACCAGCUGCCCAGCCUGCCCUCCGGCUUCUGCUCCAGCCUGGCGCAGGGCAUGGCGCUCACCUCCACGCUCAUGGCCACGCUGCCCGGCACCUUCCCCGCCUCCCCGCAGCACCAGGAGGCCGCCAGGAAGUUCGCGCCCGCGGGCAACUUCGAGAAAGGCGAGGGCGUACCCCAGGACGGCGGCGGCGACGAUGGCAAAGCCUUCCUGGGCAAGGACGGGGCCCUCCUGCCCUUCCCCGCCGCCGACGCCGUCCAGGCUUCCCUCGCCGGGGCGCUCCGGGGCCAGGGCAAGGAGGACCCCAAAGCAGAGGAGGAUGCGAAAGGCAAGGAGGAAAGUUUCUCCAUGGACAGCGACCUAGAUUACAGCUCGGACGACAACAUCCCCGGGCAGGCGGCUCACAAGGAAGAGGACUCUGUCAACGCGCUGGAGGAAAACCCCCAGAACCCCCCCAACUCCACCAACACCACGUCCACGGGCAAAAACCGGCGGAGGCGAACAGCCUUCACCAGCGAGCAGCUGCUGGAGCUGGAGAAGGAGUUCCACUGCAAAAAGUACCUGUCCCUGACCGAGAGGUCCCAGAUCGCCCACGCCCUCAAACUCAGCGAGGUGCAGGUGAAAAUCUGGUUCCAGAACAGACGGGCCAAAUGGAAACGGGUCAAGGCGGGCAACGCCAACUCCAAGACAGGGGAGCCCUCCCGGAACCCUAAGAUCGUGGUGCCCAUCCCGGUGCACGUCAGCAGGUUCGCGAUCAGGAGUCAGCACCAGCAGCUGGAGCAAGCCCGACCCUGAUCUCUCCCUUCUCCGACGCUCACAGCCACGAGUUUUUAAAGGGAAAAGUUUCCAGCCCGGGGUUUGAAGGCAGCCCACCCGAAUAAAAACAAAAACGAGAGAAGCAAAAAAAAAAAUAAAAUCCAAAAGACACCA